AUGCGCUGUGUGAUUCCCGGGAGAUCAGUGAAAUGCAAGUACUCUGAAGUAUCUGCUACUGCUCUGUUCGUGGACUGCAAGUUAAAUUUAAGUUAUAGCUUUUUCUUAGCUUCAUUUCUAUUUCUUUAGUGUUCGCAAAAGCUAUCCACUGUUUGUCCAGGAUUGGUGAUGAGCUGUAUCUAGAGGCUUUGUCUCAAGGGGUAAGCAAUGAAAGAAUGAUCACCUCUCUCUACCAGUUGUGUGCUAGUGAGAUCUGAUAUCAUAUGUACAUGCAGACACCACUCCUAAUGCAGGUAGCCCAAUGUAAUGUCCAGUACGGUCAAAGCAUCUGUAGUCACCCACCCUUAAAUGAUGCCAAUUGCUGUCAGUCACUUUCAAGGGCAGAGAUGCCAAUCUCUGGAGAACUAAAAUGUUUACUGUCCAUUGUGCAGUAACCACUUCCCCAAGAUCAACCACCCCCCUUCCCCAUUCCCCGCCUUGGUAAACACAAAUUAUCCCAGUUCUUAAAAUUAUAGCAUAAGUGUGGCUUCGGAUGUUAUUUGACGUCUUACACGCAGUAAAGAUCGUCAAAAAUUGGUUUUAAGACUGGAAUGAUGAUAUAAUCUUUGUUAGUGAUGAAAUAGAGGCCAGAAUGUGGCAGAAACCAUAUUGUAAGAGGAAAGUGUAUUCUUUAAUUUAAGGGGUAAAUCAUAGGGCUUAAAUCCAAACUAAAGCAUGGAAAAACUCAAAAAUUGAUUUUAUCAAGGAGAUUUGGUAACCGGCAUGGGAGAUAGGGAGAUUUGUGCUAUGCCUAGGAGACUUCCAAAAGAGGUGGCAUCUAUGCAAGGGUCUGCCCUUGCAUAGAAGUUUAAUAUGUUAUUAGACUUGUAUUUUAAAGUUAUUAUGCCGUCGAUCGUAUAUGGUAUAUCAGUAUGGGGGAGGCCUUACAAAUAAGGAAGGUUUUAAGGCAUUAGAAGCACUGCAUUGUAGAGCUGCAAGAAUUAUCUUUGAGCUACCUUGGGAGAUGUCUAAUGCAGAUGUUAUCAAAAAGGCUAAUUGGUCUUCUUUAGCCUUUAUGUAUAAAAUUAGCUUAGCCAAGCUUAUGUAUAAAAUCCACAAUAACCUGACUCGAGACGCUAUGUCAGCUAUUAUGAAGAACAAUGAUAACAUCAAGCAAUAUCAACUUAGGAAGAAACUGAAAAUUGAUGUCCCUCGUUUUAACACCAACUACGUGAGGAACUCUGUAGCUCGUAGAGGAGCAAUAGUUUGGAACACAUUGGUUCCUCAACUUAAUGACGAUAUAGACAAUGUUAAGAAAUAUGGGAUUAUGGCAAGACGGUCAAAGGCUCUGCUACACUUAGAUUUCGACUGUAUCUCCCCUCAAACAUUAACCAGAAGGGAGGAAGAUUUUAAGUAUAAUUAGUGUUAAUAAUUAGUUGAUACUGGAUUACCACCUUGUACUUUAGAAUUUUAAGCUUUUAUCGUUUUAGACUUGUAAGUAGUAAGUAGCUAUAUAAUUUUAGCUGGUGUAUAUCCUAUUUAUUUUCUAAUUCAUUAGUUAUCUUAUUUAAUUAUUUAGACAAGACCCCACAAGCGAAGCGUCGCUUUAAAUACUUAUCGUGUAUAAAUAAAGAUUAUUGAUUGAUUGAUUGAUUGCCCACGGGGAGUUUCUACCAGGAACAGGAGAGAGCAUGCCCGUACUACUAUGUGACUGCUAACAUCUGGUGUAAAAAUGUUAUGUUUCGCUGGGCCGAAUAUCAGAUGUUAGUGGUUUAUGUACUAGGAUUUAUGCAACUGGCCCCAGGUCCUGUAUCCACUUUUUUGAAGAAAGUCAUUGUUUACUAUUCUGAGUUGUGUGUACAAUAUGAGUACAGUCAACCCUCUCUAAGAUGGACACCUUUGGGACCAGCACUAAGUGCCCGUAUUAGAGAGGUGUCCGUCUUAUAGAGAGUUCGUUUUACAGAGGUGUCCAUUAAGAGAGAGUUGACUGUAGUACCAAGUUAUCAGUGAGUUCGGUUGCAUUUUACAUACAGGAAGUGAACAGGGAUAUCACAGAAUGAAGCCACAAAACCCAGUGUGGCUGUACUUUGUUUUCCUUCUCCGUUUGUUCCAGUAGCGGACAAGACCAUGAGCAAGUGGUCAUUGUAGUACCUAUAGGUUAACAAUAAUUUUUUAAUAAAAAGGAAAAUGUUUAAUCAUUACCUUACAAGUGGUUACAGUUGCUUACAAAAAAUUCAUUCAUAAUGCUUUAACUUACAAACAUGGGGAAUCAACUAUUUGUAUUACUGUGACCCCCUCCCCUGGAUAGCCCUCUGAUCUGCCUGUUGUUCUUACAUUAAUUUCAGCUUGCUCUGAGAACUGUCAACUCAUCUCGCUCUGCAUAUGCCUGUUUCCUCUUCAAUGAAAGCUUUUUCAUUAGUUAUGAUGAUGGAGCAAAUGAUUUGUCAGAGGAUUCACAAGGAGAAGACUUGCUCAAAUGCAAGAUUGCCAUGAAGGUUAGUAAAAUGUGAACCAUGUUCUUUCCUUGAUACAGUCACAGCUCUUGUAAGGGCCACAAUAAAAAGACAGCAGCUCUACUUAUGGCCACUUUGGCAAAUGCUGUCUGAACUCUCCUCCAAAAAACCAUCCCCUCAACACAUCCAAACAGUACCAGCUGUACAUUGUAGACACUUUUUCUGCUUGCCAAGGGUGUCUGCUAAAGAAAACUCAAACCAUACAUCUGAUAAAAAACUCCAUUAUUUACUUUUAAGAAGUGGCAGAUCCAUCGAGUAAAGGAACGUCCUAAUGACUGUAAUGUAGGAGCUGCUCAUAAGGCGUUUCCUUUUUGGUCGCAGAAAACAGUAACACAUCAUUGUUUAUCAUUAUUUUGCAUUGUUUCAAAGUUAGGGUAUCGAAUAAAUGGCUUUUAGGGUUAGGAGAGCUGCUACAUGAUCCCCUUAUGAUAACAACAUUUCUGUCAUUUUACAGAUAGAAAUUUUAGAAAAAAUAUGUGUAAUAAUAAUUAUUACACAUAUUUUUUCUAAAAUUUCUGCCUGUAAAUUGACAGAAAUAUUGUUAUCAUAAGGGGGUCAUGUAGCAGCUCUCCUUAUAUAGUGCAUGUAGAUGCUUGAAGUCUUUCAAAGAUUUCUGAGAAAUUGUGAUGCUUCUGUUAUAGCCUCGUUAAUACACCACACUAUUGCCUAAUUAGAUUUUAACGCAGUAAAACUUGCUGGUGAAUGUGACUUGUGGAAAUGACUCUUCAUGAAUUUUUGCCUCUGAUUGGCAGUGCAUGCACUCUUAAAGACAAGAGAUAAAACAAUGUUGUUGGAUAAGGAACAUACAUGUAUUGCAAAACCUUGUGAAGCUCAGGGGAGGGUAGCCCGUAAAAAAAUGAAUAAUGAACAAACCCUACGCUAUGCGUACCUAUUUUUUUAACAUUUAAACUUUUCUUUUUCAAUUUCUAAUGCCAGUCAUGCCUGUCAGCCUUCAAAUCUAUGAAUACAUUAGAGAAAACAGUGGAUCAGUGCAAGAUAGAUCUGAACAUCAAGGAGGCCAGAUUGGUAUUCCUUCUCUACUGUAGACAUGGUAAUUUCAUUUAACAUAAAUUGCAACCAUAAUCAAGGAUAAACAAGUAAAUACAUUUACAUAUAAUAAAUUGUUUGAAAAGUUGUUAAGAAAUGUAUGAAAAGCAAACAUUAGUUUUGGUCAUUUUUUUGCCUUUGAGUUUUCUUGGGAAUUAAAUAUUUUAUUUCCUCCUCGAAGAAUUUGAAUCUCUUUAAAUGUAACUUUGAAUUCUUUUCUUUAUUUUGUUUACUGAAAAUAAGACUUUAAUUGACUACACUCAGGGUUCUCAUUAAGACAGAGACCCUGCCAACGAGCGACAUGGCCCAAAACGUAGCGACAGCAUGUAAAAUGAAAUCGCGACAACAGACAACCUCCCUCAGCCAAAUUGUGACAGUGACGGCAAAGCCGACAACAGGUGACAAGCAUUUAUAAACACCGACACGAGACGUUUUAAAAUUCAGAUGGCCGAGAUUGCAGCUUGGCAAUCAAGUAUUUUACGCUGUUUGAGGUUUUCACUCCCUCACUUUUCCCAUUUUCUCCUAAAAGUAGACAGUUCAUACCUCAAAGUAGCUGGUUGCCGGCACUUACUGAGAACCCUGACACUGACGCCUUCUAUUUUUGGGAUAACAGGGUCUGUUUUGGAAUUCUUUUCUUUUGUCUAAAAAAUAAUGGUGUGUCAGAAAACUUAUCUGAAAACUUUUGAGACCAUCCUGCAGACUAGAUAAUAUUAAAACAUGUUAUGACAUUUGUUUAUCAUUUCCUUUUGUUUGAAAUUCUGGCAGGGAUCACAAAGACCUACAACUUAACAUUUCAAGAAUGUGAGACAUUACAAGCUGUGUUCUCAAAAGAUUUGUGUCCUAACUUCAUGACUGCACAAGCAAGGUAAGAACUCAAGCAAACAGUGAGCUGGGAAAAGACUAUUUAAUAAGCUGGAGACUUGCCAUAUUUUGUGAUGUAAUUUUUUUUCUGGUAACUUUGGAUCAAUAAAUAUGUUUCCGGUAGCUUUUUUUUUAGAUGGGUGGCUUUCAUUACUGUAAAGCUGUGGAAUUGGGACUAAGAAACAAUAGAGAAGGUGAGAGAGGAGGGAGAAAACAAAAGAUAAAAAAUCAAAACUUUUAUAGCCUGAAUUUCAGAGGAUUCCUUUGACUCGUUUUUACUCCCUCGUUAACAUCUGAAUCGAUUGGCCGUCAAUGCUGUCCAGUGAUGUCACUACUCCUUUGCUUUGAUUCAUGCAAAAAGUAAAACCUGAUUUUCAACUGGCAAACAAAGAAAUGUCUGGAAAUGUCUACAUGAUACAAAAUAAUUGUUUUACUCUUUUUGAUCGUAAUUGAAAGGACCCACAGUAUACAGGAAUAAAAGCUAACAUCAUGCUCUACUAAGGCUUGUAGAAAUUUGUUUGCUUAUGGCAAGAUAAGAUGGCUCGACUAGCUUUAAAGAGCUUUUUUUGGCAAAUUCGCUAGGGCUACAUGUACUGUACUUGUAUAAAAUUAUAUGCAGAAAAUUAAAUCUUCUCUCGUCCUCUAAGUUUUUGUUUAAUCCUCUCUCUUCUUCCUCAUCACACUAUUUUCUUGUACUCACCUUCCCAGGAAACUAAUACACUGUUUAGAGAUUGUAUAAUGCAUUGAAACAUUGUGAAAACAUUGAAACAUGGGCACACAUGUAACAAUAACUCUUGCUUUUUCUUUCUGUCAGGAUUCUUAAUGAUGCAGUGUACAAUUUUCCAAAUAAUCAAGAGGAAAUCACAUUGGUGGUUUGUCCAGAGACUUUUAAAGUCAAGAACUAUGUGGAUGAUGAACCUGGUGAGGGAUGACUCUUAGUACUUAAAGUUUUAACUGUAUAGAUAGCGAAGGCUUGUAAGCGAGAGACCUUACUAAGAGGCAAGUCUUUUUUUAGUUAGGCACUUGCACAAGUUGAAAACCGUAGCUAUUAUCCUUACAGAGAUAACAUCAACACCUCCCUUAGUUGGGCAUAUCUUUAACAUGGACCCUUUACCAUGGUAUACACCUCUCUGGGGAGAUAAGUGUAAGUGUGACAGGGGUGUACACAGAUGUUUUAGUAGGUGGGAGGUGGGGGGGAGUCGUACCAGUAUGCCAGGGUCUUUUUGGAAUAUGGGGGAAAAUAUCCCCCUCUGCCCUCAGCUCUUGGAAAUUUGGAAAACAAAUGCAAUAUUGGUAUUCAUUAUUCUUUUGAUUAAAACUCUGUGAAAAACAUACAUCUAACGAUUAUCUUUUCUUUAUUGGUGAUUACAAAGAUAUUUUACCAGUACUGUAUCUUCGUUCCUUAACACUGGGGUUGGCACACACACUAACCCCCCCAACCCUUACUCCCCCAGAUAUAAACCUGAAACCACGUUAGUGUGUGGCAAGUACUCUCACACUCCCCCACCCUAGGCCUUGCUCUCCUACCUCUCUAUGUGUUGCACCUCCAAAAUGAACACUUGGUGAAAACCUUCCAGAUUCUAACCUGUCUACACUGUGUAGGUAUAGUACCUGUGUUCAGAAAGGUACCAUUUGAACAUAGUACAAGUCAUGCUACACAUGAGUUUUACACCUUUGUGUUUUAGUUUUCAACAUUUUAGUAAUUUUAUAAACAAUAUAUUUUGCAGAUUCAACUAAAAUAAUUCACACAGAAAUGAUGCUUGCCCCGGAGGAAUUUGAUAAUUACCAAAUAGGAGUUGACACAGAUGUCACAUUCUGCCUCAAGGAACUCAGGGUAGAUAUAAUGUGCACGUAGUAAAAUACAUACCUUUGAAAUUCUGAACAACAGGUACCAACUCAAAUUAAGGGUAAUUAACUUUUGAAUUUUCUCUUCAUAUCACAGGCUAUUUUGACAUUUGCUGAGUUUUCAAGCCAACCUCUAAAUGUACAUUUUGAAACUGGUGGAAAGUAAGUGAGUUUAAGAAUGCCUAGCUAGCUGCACUAAACCUCUGAUGAAGGGUUGAUGCUUGAAACAUCAGCUUUAGAAACUUAUUACUGUGGACAGCCUGGGUAGGCUGCUCAAUAAAUAUUUUAUUUGGAAAGGCUCUCCCCCAAGACCCACCUCUUACCUUUUUAUAUACCGUUUUGGACAAAAAAGGGUACACCUUUUGUGAACCUUCCAUUGAAAAUGGUACAUGUACUGGGUUGUCAAAAUGAGCCGGCAACCGGUGCUAUCACCGGCUACUUGAAGGUUUUUGCUGCCUGUAAAUUAUUGGAAAGAAGCAAAAAAAAUAGACAAUUAAAAAAGUUGUAAAAUAGAAAAAGGAAAAAAAAUUGUUUCAAUCAUGAUCUAUAUGUUCUUUUUUGUGAAGCACCUUAUCUACCUAGAAAACACAUAUCCCUAGUGAUAUGUGUUCCCCCACCUGGUUAACACAUAUCCUUAGUGAUAUGAGUUCCCGUACCUGGGAAACACAUAUCCCUAGUGAUAUGCAUUCCCCCACCUGGCAAACAUAAUUAUAUCCCUAGUGAUAUAUGUUCCCCUAACUGGGAAACAAAUAUCCCUAGUGAUAUGUGUUCCCCACACUAGCAAACACAUAUCCCUAGUGAUAUGUGUUCCCCCACCUGGGAAACAUGUAUCCCUAGUGAUAUGUGUUCCCCUACUGGUGAAACCCAUAUCUCUAGUGAUAUGCGUUCCUCUCCCUGGGAAACACAUAUCCCUUGUGAUAUGUGUUCCCCUACCUGGAAAACACAUAUCCCUAGUGAUAUGUGUUCCCUACCUGAGAAACACAUAUCCCUAGUGAUAUGUUUUCCCCUACCUGGGAAACACAUAUCCCUAGUUAUAUGUGUUCCCCUACCUGGGAAACACAUAUCCCUAGUUAUAUGUGUUCCCCUACCUGGGAAACACAUAUCCCUAGUGAUAUGUGUUCCCCUACCUAGGAAACACAUAUCCCAUAUGUGUUCCCCUACCAGCGAAACACAUUUCCCUAGUGAUAUGUCCGCUACUCGUGAAACUCAUUUCUCUAGUGAUAUACGUUCCUCACCCUGGGAAAGACAUAUCCCUAGUGAUAUGGGUUCCCUACCUGGGAAACACAUAUCCCUUGUGAUAUGUGUUCCCCUAGCUGAAAAACACAUAUCCCUAGUGAUAUGUGUUCCUUUACCUGGGAAACAGUUAUCCCUAGUAAUAUGUGCUUGCCCACCUGGGAAACAUACAUCCCUAGUGAUAUGUGUUCCCUACCUGGGAAACACAUAUCCCUAGUCAUAUGUGUUCCUCUAACUGGGAAACACAUAUCCCUAGUGAUAUGUGUUCCUCUAACUGGGAAACAAAUAUCCCUAGUGAUAUGUGUUCCCCCAACUAGCAAACACUUAUCCCUAGUGAUAUGUGUUCCCCCACCUAGGAAACACGUAUCCCUAAUGCUAUGUGUUCUCCUACUCAUGAAACCCAUUUCUCCAGUGAUAUACGUUCCUCUCCCUGGGAAACACAUAUCCCUUGUGAUAUGUGUUCCCCUAGCUAAAAAACACAUAUCCCUAGUGAUAUGUGUUCCUUUACCUGGGAAACAGUUAUCCCUAGUAAUAUGUGCUUGCCCACCUGGGAAACAUACAACCCUUAGUGAUAUGUGUUCCCCUACCGGGGAAACACAUAUCCCUAGCGAUAUGUGUUCCCCUACCUGGAAACACAUAUCCCUAGUUAUAUCUGUUCCCGUACCUGGGAAACACAUAUCCCCAGUGAUAUGUGUUCCCCUACCGGGGAAACACAUAUCCCUAGCGAUAUGUGUUCCCUUACCUGGGAAACACAUAUCCCUAGUUAUAACGGUUCCCCUACCUGGGAAACACAUCUCCCUAAUGAUAUGUGUUCCCUACCUGGAAAACACAUAUCCCUAGUGAUAUGGGUUCUGCCACCUGGGAAACACAUAUCCCUAGUGAUAUGUGUUCCCAACCCUGGGAACACAUAUCCCUAGUGAUAUGUGUUCCCCACCUGGAAAACCAAUAUCCCUUGUGAUAUGUUUUCCCCUACCUGGGAAACACAUUUCCCUAGUGAUAUGUGUUCCCCCACCUGGCAAGACAUAUCCCUAGUGAUAUGUGUUCCCUACCUAGGAAACACAUAUCCCUAGUGCUAUGUGUUCCUCCACCUGGAAAACACAUAUCCCUAGUGAUAUGUGUUCUUCUACAUGGGAGACAGAUAUCCCUAGUGAUAUGUGUUCCCCCACCUGGGAAACACAUAUACCUAGUGAUAUGUGUUCCCUACCUUGGGAACACAUAUCCCUAGUGAUAUGUGUUCCCCCACCUGGAAAACCCAUAUCCCUUGUGAUAUGUUUUCCCCUUCCUGGGAAACACAUAUCCCUAGUGAUAUGUGUUCCCCUAGCUGGAAAACACAUAUCCCUAGUGAUAUGUGUUCCCUACCUGGUAAACACAUAUCCCUAGUGAUAUGUGUUCCUUUACCUGGGAAACAGUUAUCCCUAGUAAUAUGUGUUCCCCCACCUGGGAAACACAUAUCCCUAGUUAUAUGUAUUCCCCUACCUGGGAAACACAUCUCCCUAAUGAUAUGUGUUCCCUACCUGGAAAACACAAAUCCCUAGCGAUAUGUGCUCCCCUACAUGGGAAACAGAUACUUAUUCCUUGUGAUAUGUGUUCCCCUACCUGGGAAACACAUAUCCCUAACGAUAUGUGUGGCCCCACCUGGGAAACACGUAUGCUGGUGAUAUGUGUUCCCCUACCUGGGAAACACAUAUCUCUGGUGAUAUGUGUUUCCCCACCUCGGAAACAUAUAUUCCUAUUAUUGAUACAUACUGUUGCAUUGUUGCAGGCCUAUAGUGUUCAGUAUGGAUGGCGACUCCACCUAUGAAGCCGACUUUGUUCUGGCAACGUUAGUGGAUCAUGAUUCAUCCCUGCCGCCCUCACAAGCGUCAGUGACAGCAUCAGCUAACACUUCAACUAAAAGCGCCACCUCUAAAGACAAGCUGGCCAAGAGGUGAGAAGGCCUUCACAUUACGCUCACAGAGGAAUCCGAUCACCUCACAACUAGACCAUCUCACCAUCAACAUUAUCGCCACCAAGAAAUAGACUCGUCUCCUCUUAAAUAAUUGACACACUUACACAGGGUAAUAGCUGCUUUGAAACUUGGGAUUUCGGUCAAGACAGACAGAUCUGUGAACAAGGUUGGUGGCGAAUCAACUUCUUGGUGGCAAUUUUCUUGGUGGCAAGGUGGUCUGGUGGCGAGAUGACAGGAAACCCUCACAGCAAUCACCAUAUGCAGUUGUAUGGCAACAGACACAACUUGCGUUUCUUAUGACCAGGGAAAUCAGUUACAGUAAAAAUACACGCAAAUUUGCGUGUAGUAAGGCUGCGUAUAAGAACUCGUUACACGCGUGUAUUUUGCAUGUUGCGUGCGUGUAAAUUCAUCAUAUUGCGCGCAUUUUACGCGCCUGUAAUUCUGCAAUUCCUGCGGCCUGUGCUGUACAUAGUAGUCCUAUAAAUAGUAGUCUUGUAAAUAGUCUAAUUGGACAAACUACGUUAGGAAACAAAAGCGCUAUGGUCUCUGAUUAUCAUGUCAAUAACAGACUGAGAAAUGUAGGAAGAUUGUUUCGAAGUUUCCUACCGAGUAUUUUUUCGUUUAAUCGUACAUUCUUUUUCCGAGUUUCAUAUAUAAAAUCGCUCAAGCCCAUGUCCUGCUAAUCAAAGAUACCCGAAUCCCGUUCUUGUUUUCAUGUGAAAUACUGCAAAGUGAAUCCCAGCAGCCGCAUUCAAAUCGGCCAAAUCUCGAUUAGAUAUACCGGAAAAACUACGGAGGACCCCUCCUAAUAGUGGUUAGCAUCAAAAAUCAAAAAGAUGAAAUGUCUUAAAUGUUACUCAAUUCCACCUCCUAUGUUCUGUUAGAAGUGCUCCGCUAAAGUGUGGAAUAUUGAUGAAGGUAAAUGAAAAAAUGAUGGUCUCCAUCUGUUGAAGACUCUUAAAGCAGGACUCACUACUGAAAUUAAAUUGUCAAUUCUUUAUUGUGUACAUGAACCUCUUUAAACAUUUGAAACUAUUUAACAUCUUUGGAACUUCGUUAAUCUUCAUCCUUGUCUGUAUUGUACUAGUGAAUGAUCAACAAUGAACCUUCGAAUUCUUCAGUGAGUUCCACUUACAUUGAAAUUUUAUUCUUGAAAAUGAAAUACAAAAAUCAGAAUACGUUAAAAAUAGAUCGGAUUCUUUGGCUAGAAAAUGUGUUCAACUAAUUUUCGCGCUGAAAGCCACUGGCUAAAGUAACUGCCGCUAAAAAGUCGUCGGCCGAGUAGCGAGAUUUAACGCAGGGUGCCUGGAACUGUUCUUCGUAGCUGAACGAGGGGGAAGCACUGCAACUGAACGGCGGGCUCACUGAAGCUGAUACACGCGGACCAAGUAAUACGCUGACAGUUUGUGAACCUUGUGAAGCGACGGGCGCCAUAUUGUCAUAGAAGGAUAGGAAGGAAGGGCUGCUGGUAAAUGGCGGGAAAAAUGGCUCACGUGAUCUGAAGGGUGCCGGCUGUAGGGACGGCUGGAAAGUGGCAAGCGACGGCUGGAACAUGUGUGGGAUACUGACUUCACUUCUAAGGUCCUUGGCAGGUUUAUUUUUUAAGCUUUUGCGCCAUCUUGAACGGCGAUUCUGGAACCAGACCUAAAAGUGAAAAUAAAACGUCAGGAAAAGCAGUACCCAACUAAGUCACUUAACCAAAAAUAAACACUUAACUUCUGCAAAAAAAAAAUUAAAAUGCACUGAUAGUUAGUUCAACACUUGACGUUCCAAAGGGCGAAAAAUCAAACCAAGUGGUUAAUUCCAUUUGAAUGGUCACAUUCAACAUUCAACAUUUUAUAUAAAAAGUUCAAUUCAAUUAUUAUAGCUUAUCCCAGACUGGUAAAUGUGACGAUUUUCUUUGUUAGUUACAUGGUUAUAAGAGAAUAAUAAUCAACGGAGAUUUUUGUAAAGUAAAGGAAUUGAGAAAUGACAUCUUGAAAACCCUACCAACGCUUUCUUUUAUCAAUAGGCAUUCUCAUUCGGUCGUUUCGGUACGAACUCAAGCAGUGAAAUCGCAUAAAAAUUUUGUUCUCUUCAAGUAUAGCUUUCGCGUGAACACCAAACACAUUUUGGAUAAAUAUUCUUCGUUCUUCAAGCCAAGGACCUGAAACUGUUUACACCUCGACUGAAUAAACUUGUAUCGAAACGACCAGUAACGUUUGUGUAUUUACUCAGAUGAAAUUCAUAUAUUUGUGUACAAACAUCUUACCUGGAUUCUGUCUUCUCCGAUGUUAAGCUCCUGCGCAAGUUCUUCCCUAAUCUGGAUUCCUGGGAAUCUUUCUUGUUCAAACGACUGCUCUAAACGAUCAAGUUGCUGGUCUGUAAAAGCAAUUCUGCGGCGUCUUUUGCGCUGAGCGUCACCUGGAAAUUAACAAGAAAGUCGUGUUUAGUUGUGAUAACUAGCUCCUUUUAAAAGCUGGUGUAGUUAAAUGUCAAGGAAGUCUCGGAAUAUAAACGUCAUUAGAAUGUCUCGCAAAGUGUGGAAUUUACAAUUCUUCAACGGAGUGCUUAAGCUUAACGGAGACUGAAUUUUCGUGGAUAAAUUGAUUUUGACUUGAUUCGAUUGAUCUCUGUAAUGUCUUUCGUCUUAUGUUUGAUUAUGAUGCGUAAUAUUUUAUCAGAACAUAAAGUGUAGAUGAAACUUUAAGAGCUGAUUUUAUAUCAUGAAAAUUUUCAAAACGUUUUUCAAGAAUAUGAAGUUUCACAAUAUUACUAUGAUGCGCGCGAGUUUUGCACGCUUUUCACUUAAAGUUGAUUAAACCCGUUUGUCGUCUCUACGUUGACCAAGAAGAACUGCCAAUUAAAUUCCGAAGAUAUGAAUUUAGAAAAUGAGAUUCUAUAACUUACGUUCUUCCUCUGGAGCUGGUCUUUUCAAGUUCGCUCUUGAAGCCAUCGGUGUUCGUAAAAUUUCGCACUGUGCUUAGGUGAAUCUUUGAACGACAAGUGUUGUUUACAAGUCAAACUGAAAGGAUGAAUGAUCGUUUGAAAUAUUGACUUCUUUAUAUACCUGGUUCCGUGACGCUUGAUGAUGAUUCGUGGGUGGCAGAAUAAACCAGUUUAACAAUAAACAUUUUAGCGUCUUUAUUAGUAAGUUACUUCGCACCUCUAUUGUUUGAUCACUUGUGAGGCUUAGCUUUUGUCUCCAUUGUUAAAAUAAGAUGUCAAGUACUUGUGAAACAAUUUGAUGAAAUCAAAGCUUUUGGAAUAAAUUAGGUGAAUCUCCGCCUCAUUGACUUAAUGCUUAUUUUCACUGUCGAUCCGUUAAGUAAAGAAAUUUUAUAAUAAAAUCUGAGGAGUACAUGUUUUCAACCGUUACGACGCGUGCCACUUUACAGGUCACGCUUAUAUAAGUGAUAUGGAUGGAGCUAACUUUUAUUGUGUUUAAAAGUUAUCUCCGGGUGUGCGCCUCUGGAAGUCCGAAAAAUUUUUGGAUCUUUUUCUUGAAAUUAGCCCGCUCUUGGCGACUCGAAUUGUUAUGCGGUCUCAUUUCAUCGACCAUUUGCGCGUCGUUGUUAGCUUUCGUGUCCGUUUAUGCUUGCGCGCUCUCGUUAACUUUUGUGCGCUUAAUUUGAUACUCGUGCGCACACUGUUGAAUCUUGUGCGUCGGAGUUUGAUUCUUGCGCGUUUUAGUUGUGGUCUCAUUCAUUGUUGUUUAAUCUUUUUAAAAGCCAUUGGUGAAGCCGGCAUCUUAUUUUGCAGUGAGUGGGAAAACAAAACUUGACAAAAUUAACGCGUUAUCGCUUGAUUAAUAUACAUCGCUUCUCGAAUCGUUUGUGUGACUGCAGCUUGUUAAGUGUUGUAUGGUAAGGUUGAAUUAAAAUUGUGUAGCUCAUAAGUGGCAGAGUAAUUUAAUCAAGAAACCUUGGAAGUGAAUUUGACUUUUUUUCUUUACUGUGCGUCUUAUCCUUUGCACUUGUUUAUCUGGAGGUAAAUUGGUGAAGGCCGUUGAUGACUAAUGCCUUUUAUAAAGUUCUCAAAAUACAGGGCGCAUCAGCAGCGGGCGCAAUGAUUCGAUAAGGUGCAAAAAUCACUGUGAAGUUGGAAAACUUCAAUCAUUGACGAAUUGGCUGCGAUGACGUGUAAUUCGGGUUUCAAUGCGAUCGCGCCUCUCUUUUUGGGUGGCUCCUGGUCGAGUGCAUUCAAAGUUCCAUCAGACUUUUGCAUAGCCUGUGUACAGUGAGGGGAUGUCUGUUAUACAUGGGCUAACCUUUGCAUUUUUGCUCAUGCAAAAUUUUCCUAUUUUAAAGCAUUACUUGAAUUCAUAUAUAAAAUCGCUGAAGCCCGUAUCCCGCGCUAAUCAUCGAUACCCGAAUCCCGUUCUUGUUUUCAUGUGAAAUACUGCGAUGUGAGUCCCAGCAGCCGCAUUCAAAUAUGCGAAAAAACUACGGACGACCCACCCACCCCACCCCCUCCCCAUAAUGGUUAGCAUCAAAUAUCAAAAAGAUGAAAUGUCUUGAAUUUUACUCAAUUCCACCUCCUGUGUUCUGUUAGAAGCGCUCCGCUCAAGUGUGGAAUAUUGAUGACGGUGUUAAAAGUUAAUUAAAAUUAACUCUUGUCUCGGCGAAAUGAUGGUCUCGAUCGGUUGAAGACUCUAAAAGCGGGACUCACUCACUACUGAAAAAAAAUUGUCAAUUCUUUAUUGUGUACAUGAGCCUCAUAAAAAUUUUGAAACUAUUUAACAUCCUUUGAACACCAUUAAUCUUCAUCCUUUUUGUAUCGUGCUAGUGAAUGAUCAGCAAUGGACCUUCGAAUUCUUGAAUGAUUUACAAGUACAUUGAAAUCUUAUUCCUUAAAAUGAAAUACAAAAAUCAGAUACGUUAAAAAUACAUCCGAUGCUAAGGCUAGAAAAUGCGUUCAACUAAUUCUCGCGCUGAAAGCCACUGGCUAAAGUAACUGCCGCUAAAAAGUCGUCGGCCGAGUAGCGAGAUUUAACGCAGGGUGCCUGGAACUGUUCUUCGUAGCUGAACGAGGGGGAAGCACUGCAACUGAACGGCGGGCUCACUGACGCUGAUACACGCGGACCAAGUAAUACGCUGACAGUUUGUGAACCUUGUGAAGCGACGGGCGCCAUAUUGUCAUAGAAGGAUAGGAAGGAAGGGCUGCUGGUAAAUGGCGGGAAAAAUGGCUCACGUGAUCUGAAGGGUGCCGGCUGCAGGGACGGCUGGAAAGUGGCAAGCGACGGCUGGAACAUGUGUGGGAUACUGACUUCACUUCUAAGGUCCUUGGCAGGUUUAUUUUUUAAGCUUUUGCGCCAUCUUGAACGGCGAUUCUGGAACCAGACCUAAAGGUGAAAAUAAAACGUCAGGAAAAGCAGUACCCAACUAAGUCAUUAACCAAAAAUAAACACUUAACUUCUGCUAAAAAAAAUGAAAAUGCACUGAUAGUUAGACAAAAAGUUGAACUCUUGACUUCCCGAAGGGCGAAAAAUCAAACCAAUUGGUUAAUUCCAUUUGAAUGGUUACACUCUAACAUUUUAUUUAAAAAGUCUAAUUCAAUUAUUAUAGCUAAUCCCAAACUGGUAUGUGUGACGAUUUUCUUUGUUAGUUGCAUGUUUAUAAGAGAAUAAUAAUCAACGGAGAUUUUUGUAAAGUAAAGGAAUGAGAAAUGACAUCUUGAAAUCCCUACCAACACUUUCUUGUAUCAAUAAGCAUUCUCAUUCGGUCGUUUUGAUACCAACUCAAGCAGUGAAAUCGCACAAUAAUUUUGUUCUCUUCAAGUAUAGUUUUCGCGUGAACACCAACCACGUUUUGGAUAAAUAUCCUUCGUUUCUUAAGCCAAGGACGUGAAACUGUUUACACCUCGACUGAAUAAACUUGUAUCGAAACGACCAGUAACGGUUGUGUGUAUUUACUCAGUUGAAAUUCAUGUAUUUGUGAACAAACAUCUUACCUGGAUUCUGUCUUCUCCGAUGUUAAGCUCCUGCGCAAGCUCUUCCCUAAUCUGGAUUCCUGGGAAUCUUUCUUGUUCAAACGACUGCUCUAAACGAUCAAGUUGCUGGUCUGUAAAAGCAGUUCUGCGGCGUCUUUUGCGCUGAGCGUCACCUGGAAAUUAACAAGAAAGUCGUGUUCAGUUGUGACAACUAGUUCCUUGUAAAAGCUAGUGUAGUUAAACGUCAAGGAAGUUUCGGAAUAUAAACGUCAUUAGAAUGUCUCGCAAAGUGUCGAAUUUACAAUUCUUCGACGACGUGCUUAAGCUUAACGGAGACUGAAUUUUGGCGGUUAAAUUGAUUUUGACUUAGUUCGAUUGAUCUCUGCAAUGUCUUUCGUCUUAUGUUUGAUUAUGAUGCGUAAAAUUUUAUCAGAACCUAAACUGUAGAUGAAACUUUAAGAGCUGAUUAUAUAUCAUGAAAAGUUUCAAAACAUUUUACAAGAAUAUAAAGUUUUGCAAUAAUACUAUGAUGCUCGCGAGUUCCGCACGCUUUUUACUUAAGUUGAUUAAACUCGUAAGUCGUCUCUUAAGUUGACCCAGAAACUGCAAAUUUAAUUCCGAAGGUAUGAAUUGAGAAAAUGAGAUUCUAUAACUUACGUUCUUCCUCUGGAACUGGUCUUUUCAAGUUCGCUCUUGAAGCCAUAGUUGUUCGUAAAAUUUCGCACUGUACUUGGGUGAAUCUUGUAACGAAAAGUGUUGUUUACAAGUCAAACUGGAAGGAUGAAUGAUCGUUUGAAAUAUUGACUUCUUUAGAUAGGUAGUUCCGUGACGCUUGAUGAUGAUUCGUGGGCGGCAAAAUAAACCAUUUUAACAAUAAACAUGUUAGUGACUUUAUUAGUAAAUUACCUCGCUCCUCUAUUGUUUGAUUACUUGUGAGGCUUGGCUUUUGUCUCCAUUGUUGAAAUAAGAUGUCAAGUACCUGUGAAACAAAUUGAUGAAAUCAAAGCUUUGGAAUAAAUUUUGUGAAACUCCGCCUCAUUGAGUUGAUGCGUAUUUUCACUCCCGAUCCGUUAAGUAAAGAAAUUUUAUAAUAAAAUCUGCGGAGUACAUGUUUUCAACUGUUAACACGCGUGCCACUUUACAGGUCACGCUUUAUAUAUAAGUGAUGUGGAUUGAUUUCAAUUUAUUGCGUUUAAAAAUUGUCGCUCGUUGUGCGCCUGUGGAAGUCCCGAAAAUUCUUUAGAUCUUUUUAUUGAAAUUGAUCCGCUCUAAGUAUAAGUAACCAUUCCGCGCUCUUGGCGACUCGAAUUGUUAUGUGAUCUCGUUUCAUCGACCAUUUGCGCGUUGUUAUUAGCUUUCGUGUCCGUUUAUGCUUGCGCGCCCUCGUUAACUGUCGCGCGCUCAAUUUGAUACUCGUGCACACACUGUUGAAUCUCGUGCGUUGGAGUUUGAUUCUCGCGCGCUUUCGUUGCGGUUUCAUUCGCUGUUGUUUAAUCUUUUUAAAAAGCAUCGAUGAAGCCGGCGUCUUAUUUUGCAGUAAGUGGGCAAACAAAACGUUACAAAAUUAAUCCGUUACCGCUUGAUUAAUAUACAUUGCUUCUCGAAUCGUUUGUUUGACUGCAGCUUGUUAAGUGUCGUAUUUUAUUAAUUGCCUUAAGAUUGCUCUAAGGUUGAAUUAAAAUUGUGAAGCUCAAAAGUGGCAGAGUAAUUUAAUCAAGAAACCUUGGAAGUGAAUUUGACUUUUUUUUUCUUUACUGUGCGUCUUAUCGUUUGCACUUGUUUAUCUGGAGGUAAAUUGGUGAAGGCUGUAGAUGACAAAGUUCUCAAAGUACAAUUAGCAUCAGCAGCGGGCGCAAACUAGAAUGCGAAUCCUUUUCCCAGUUAUAUUUUCUUGUUGUCAUUGAGUGCUGGUUCAAAUUUCCCAAAUGCCUCGUAUUGCUCUUUGCGUGCAGUGAAGGAAGUAGAAAACGUCUACGCGCAGGUCUCCUUUCUCUCCCCGCUGUUGCGUCUUCUCUUGCGUGCUACUCGCGCGCAUACUUUUCACGAUAUCCCCAAAACGGAGAGCUUGCUCGUAGGUUAACGCUUAGGCGAGGGACUUCUCUUGUUACAAGGAGAAAGGACAACAACAAAAGCGUUUAGUAUUAACAGGACGUGUUUUUCUUCACAGUUCUGCGAAAACGAAAACGGUGCAACGGAAGGCAACUGCUACAACACAUAACAACACUGACGCGACAGAAAACGUUCGUGAAAGAGACGCUGUUAACAACCAUGAACAGGAUGAUGCAAUGUUUAAUGAUGAUGACGAUGACGACUUGGAUAUUUCUGAGAUCGAUCACGUGUUACAGGGCAAAGCUCCAUUGUCAUCACCUAAUACUCGAGAACAGGAAAGCAAAGGCACAAAUCGUAAAACUACGAAAACAGAACAAAAACCGGCAAGCCAAAGGUAUGGGUGAUGUAUUUCAGUGUAAUAACCCUCUUCAUUUUCUAUGAAAUAAGUCCAAAAAUAUUAUCACCAGCUUUUGGUGAAGUAGGCUUCAUAGCAGGCACAUGAGACGUUUACAAACUAAGACAGUGGUCGCGACGGAGGACGACGCGCGUGUGUCCUUGGCCCUCGCGCCUAUCGCUUAACUCGUGCCCGCACUUGUGCGUCAUCUAUGUAGGCUGCUAGUGUACUUUUCAGUUGUGUUAUAAUUUCGCAAAAGCUUCGCUGUUUGAGUAGCUAAAGAGUCUGGCGUCAAUUUCUCAGCCAAUCAGGUGUUAGACCUUAAGCAAACGCAACUUGCUCAGUAAAGUGCUGCUGUUCUUUCCUUUAGUGGCUUUCAUUCUUAUUCCGCACAAAGUAGUAGGCUUAAGCGAGAAGACAAGUUUUUAACAUACAUAAUCAUGUGUAACAGUAGCGUCUUCUUUUCGGUCCUAAAGUUUGAGUGAAAGGACAAAGAGGAUCUUACUGAAGUUAGUGGAGUGAUCAGUGCUGUCAUUUCAGUCAUAUUUCCAACGAAUACAAUAGAACCUGUCAAUAUAUAACGACCCUGUAUUAAGCAGCCACUUUUCAGCGUCCUGAUUUUUUGCCUUUGUAGUCUGUGUAUUUUUUCCCGGCAGUGUUCAAUGGAGCCUUCUCGCCUUGUAUCAAGCGACCAACCUUAAGCUGAAAUCUCAAGCCUACAUGUCAUUUUAUGCGGCAUUUUACUGUGUUUCAGACGCGUCCAUCGUCACUAUAAAAAUAACAAAGCUACUGUUUGUUUUAUAUUUUACCGUACAUUUCCUUCGCACCUUUGAACUGUAAGUCAUCGCCCCGCCCGGGUUUGCUUGAAUGUACAGUGGAACCCCAUUUAACGAACCUCUAUUUAACGAAGUCUUCGAUGUAACGAACUAUUUUUUUACCCCAUAAAACAUAUGGAAAAGAACCUCGAUAAUGUAACGAAACCUUGUUAUAGCGAACGAAUUUUGCCAGCGCCUUGGCCUUUUGUUAUAUCGAGGUUCCACAGUAGUGUUGUUGUUUGAUACGCUCAUUACAAUCGGCAUUUGACCACGCCCCUCGAUUCUUUUAAAUGACCCUUUUUUAAACUGCCUAUUUCCUAGGUUGGUCGUUAUACGAAAGGUUCUACUAUACCAAACGAUCUCUCUAUUUUUGGAAAUAAGAGAACAGUCCAAUCUGAGUGGCACUUUUCCGCCUAAAAUACUCAUUAAGCUAUACUAUGCGCAGAGUCCUUUACAGUGACUCUUGAUUAUAUUUUUCUGAUGUGACAGAAGUGUAGACGCAAAUAAAAGUUCCGUUCUGGAUGACUUCUUCAGCGAUUCCUUUCCCUAUCAAGGUAAGAACAAUAUCAGAAAACUAAUCGUAAAAUAUUACCCUCUUAUUUCCACGGCUUACAUAGCAAGAUUUUUGAGUCACAACGUUUGUUAUACACCCACGCUGAAUAAAGCGCACUAAAAGUUGCUGAACGCACUGAAAUGGCCGAACGCUAAAUGCAGUAGACCACGCUAAGAUGCACACAAGUCCCAGAGCAUGAUGGAUCUUGGUACAUGCGCAUCUCGCACACACCGCUGGCCAGCAAGGUGAAACAAGCGCUCCUUGUUGUUAACUCUGUUAAAUUGCAUUUAACUGCAUUAAAUUCAGACCCAAUUUUUGUUGGGGUGCUUUUUUUGCAGAGUUGUUUACCACUGGAAGAAAGGAACUGUCAGUCAUUCACGAGGCCAGUCAGGAGACCGCUGACACCUCUACGUAUCCUUUAUGUAUAUUUAGUAAUUAAUGGAUCGCCUUUCAUAUGAUCUGAAUAAUUAUAUAGAUCGAGCAAGGCGGAUAACACCCUUCGAUAUUUCUUUGCAAAACGUGUGGAAUGUUCGGCCAUUUCCUGCCGUUGUUCCAAAACAAUGCAACCUCGUCCCCAGGCAGGGUCUCUCGGUUGGGGUCCCUUUUUCUGGCGAUUACCCUGUACAAUUGACGUCAUUUUCCGAAUAUGGGUAACGUCUUCCAAAUUUGAUCAACGAUACAAGCUGGAAACAGAGAAAUAUUUUGAAUGAAUAAUAAUCUGUAUAUAGAGUUAAAGGAGGGGACUGGUUGAUACCAACAUAGGUGUUCGUUGAAACAGAGUGGACUGUACAUUCACCAGGGAGCGAGCAGCUUCCAUAUUCUCGUAUCACGAUGCAUUCACCAACCAGUAUAUUUUUAGAACGGUUUUGUUGCGAUUUUAGAGUAUAUUUCAAGUCCCACAAACCAGACAGCAAAACUGACCUGCAGACCUGAAAAUGCAUGGUAUUUCUGACCUUUUAAUGAUCAAUUUUCCUUUUUCAUGCGCGCUCACAGACGGAGCGGGGUUUCCAUUUCCGCGUGAAAAUAAACCAGUCCGUGUAAAUGCCGUGACGUAGGCCUAAUAUGGUGGUUGCUCUCUGCGGCUUUUGGUCUCGUGAAAUUUGCUUCGAUUUUCUCUUGUUGUCUUCCUUAACAUUUUGUUAGCCAUGGCAGUGCUAAGCCAAUACAGACUCCAUCCAGUUCUGUAACAGGUAUGACAGUUUUAAUACAACCGAUUACACAACUGAAAGACCUCGGUAUUACGAAUGAUGAUCUUCGCCUCAGCGAUAGUAAAAUAUGUGGGAAAAAUUCGAUUCAUUAUAUCGCGAUUCCGCUGUAGUUUUGUUUCAUGUAGCUGAACAAACUUUAACUAACUGCCGCUAAUUCCUUUAACCCCCCAAAUAUAUGCUAUUUCCUUCUUUUUGUCUUUCAAAGAGCCAUCAAUUCAGUAACCAUUUAACUUACAACUCUGAAAACAAAUUCGUCAUUGUUAUUUAUUACAUCUUCUCCGUUUUCUACAGAGGUCUCGUUUCUGAAGAACGUGGACAUGGUAAGAAUCAGAUAGCGAUAAGAAAUUUGGGGUCAUGUUUUAAUUAGUACAAAAUUUUGCCAAAGUAUAGACCUCGUGGGUAAAACUUAGCAGAUAUUCCUUUAGCUGGCGUACAGAUCCCCCCCUCCCCUCGGGAAAAAUCGGAGAAGGGGCUCUUCACCGAUUUUUUCUGAGGGGAGUGGGGUCUGUACGCGGGCUGAUAUUCCUUAUAUAGCCGUUGUCGUAGCCGUAAGGGCGGCAGAAUGCAUCCCGUCCCCACACCCCGUCAUCUCACAUUUCUCACAUUUACACUCGUGUCCAAUCCGUGCGUUCAUGUGAAGGUUGUGAACGGUCUUGUAACCUUUCUUCUCUCGUGAUACUGCUCUCUGAAGAAGGGCUACUAGCACUUGAAAAGUAUGUUUUAAGGUGGUAAAUUCACCUUAUCUAGGGGCACCCAUUCGACGCUUCCCUCCUAAAUACAAUGAGAGGAAUAAUUGUUUAGUAAAAUCCAACUAGCUGGUCAAAAAUAUCGAGAAAAAACAACUUUAGCUAGCAAAACGCGAUUCAGCCGCUAUUGUUUUGGUUUUCAAAGCCGGCGCUUUUCGCUACUAGUGGGCUAUAAAAUAUAGCCUAGUAGUAGCUCAACCAAUCAGAAUGCAGCAUUGAUAAUAGAACACUAGUUGGAUUUUACUGGAGUACUUUUAGGCCUCUAGAAAUGAAUGUAUUCUAAGCAGCGCUGUAACAUUUUGAUCUGUUCGGUCAUCCUUAUCGAAUUUAGUUGGGCUUAAGUGCUAUUGAAGUCUAAAAAUUUUGCUUCAAUUUAACGGUUCAUAAAGGUGAGAAUGUUUGUGAUUUUUCUCUCUCACAUCUUCGAAUCCGAAAAUUUUAGAUUGCCUUUUUCUACGAUUGAUAGUGAAAUGUGAAAAAUUUAACUUCCAAAAAAUCCUAGGGAGAUUAGUAAACGGUCAUCUAGAAAAUUUUAACCGUCCUUCUGCUAUAGAAAAUCUAGACAAUAUUCACUUCUUCGUACAGAUACCGUAAAAUUCCGAUAAUAAGCCCCGGGGCUUGUAUUUUUCAAAGGCCCUAUUGAGGGGCUUAUUUUUACAGGGGCUUAUAUUCGGAGGGGCUUAUGUACGGAGGGAAAUUUGCGUUUCAGAAUCGAUUGUGCUAGCUUGUAGUGGGAAGGAAAUUUGCCAUUUUUGCUUUGUUUUACUUUGAAUUUGAGAGCAAAUUCCAUGUACAAGCCCCCCGGGGUGCUUAUAUUCGGAGGGGCGAUUUAACGGAGGGUUUUUUGCGUUACAAUUUGGAGGGGCUUAUUUUCGGAAUUUUCGGAAUUUUACGGUAUUUAACAAAAAACAGUCGUGUGGUGCCCGUUCUUGUCGACGUAGCCACUAAAAACGAAGUUUGAUAGUUCAUACGCUCCAUCUCUCACUAACUUUUCAUUAUGACUGCUCUUAUCCUGUUAGCCCUCUCUAGGAACCAGCAGUUGUACAAGCCCUGAUGCUAAAUCACAAAACAUAAGCGGACAAAAGAAGACAAGAAAACAUGAACCGGAUCCUGAAGAAAGCUUCAUGGAGGUAGAGGCUAAUGAUGACUAUGACUUCAUUCCAGGGACUCCACCCCACAAAAAGGUGAUUCUAGUAUACAUGCUGUUUCUGGUUAAUCUUGCCUUACUACAAACUACCAAAGAGCCUUGGACUGAGAUUACUGUAGCCUGUACACGGAAGUUGUUUUAUUUUUCUUUUCGUUAUUUUCGAAUCCCCCGCGGUUUUUGUUUUUAUCACGCGCACUCGACGGACUUUGAAGAGAAAAUAGAGGGUCUGUGAACAGGCUAAGAUAACUGAGGCCUUGAGGCCCUGUUCUGCCCACCGUUUAAAACCCCUCUUAAAAGCCCUUAGUUACAAUGAUUUUAGGGCGUUUAAGCGGAGUUUUUCGGUAGCUCCUGUUAAAUGCGGUUCGCGCAGGUAAAAUUUUCUUCAUCGUACGUUUAUUUUUAUUAUCCUAUUGUCUGUUGUUGACACCGGCUUUCGUUUUGUUGAUUUUAUUCUUUGCAGUUCAAAUCCAUGUUUUUCAGCGCUUCAGCAAAGCAUGUAAGUAUUCCGAGCCCAUGUUUUUCUGGUAACAAUUCACGUGUACGUGGCAGUUUGUCAGUGACGCGAAAAAGUCUACGCUGCAAAUGAUUGGAUUGGAUUGUGUAAUCCGUCUGCGUUACUUCGGUUUGCGUAUGUUAACUUAAGGGGCGAAAUAUCGAUAAUUAUCCUGAUUACUCUUCUUCGUGGAAUGGGAAACACAAAUGCGUUUUCCAAAGGUACGCGUUUUUGUCGUCGAAAACGCAUCGGUCGAUUCGCGUCCACACUACUGUUUCGAUGGUUUUCGACCGUCCACACUAAAACGUUCGAAAACGAUAGAAUUACACGUUGUGACGUAAGUUGAACUCUAUGCGCAUGCUACAAACAUACGCGCCUGUGAUAUUUUCGGUCAUCGUUUUUAUUUUGAUGCGUUUUCGAACUUUUUUGACCGUCUACACUAGUAAGAUAUGGGUGAGUUUUCGAUGAAAACGCUCAGCGUAUUAGUGUGGACGGAAGGCCUAAACGCAUCGAAAUGUAUGCAAUAUCAAACGAAAACACAUUAGUGUGGACGGGGCCUAAGACAGGAUGGGAUCAUCGCUGUGUUUCAAGGCAUAGAAGAGUCAUAACAAUGAAUAUAUGAGUUUGAGACGCAAUACUGAAUAACCUUGUUGCGUGCUAAUAUGCCCUCUAGAGCGAAGUAGCAAUACUUUUAUUCCCCUUCCGCGCUUCUGUGGCAGAAACAGGGCAGUAUAUUAAACCUUAAUACUUGGAACAAAUUUGAAUAAACAAUUCCCUCUUGGAAGUACACAUUUAGCUCAACGUCAGAGGGAUUACCGGGGAGGAAGUGGUUUCUUCGCUGGAGAACGCCAUUUCCAAUAAUGGACCCAUUACUUAAUUGUGUUGCCUUUCUUUUAGGACACGUCUCAAGAUGUUGUACUUGCGGCCGAUAGCGACGAAGACUAACUGGGACAGUUUUACUUUGGCAACACCUCACACAUCACGUGUCACCUGAUCAAAUGGAUUGAUAAAUGUAAUUUCCCGCCUAAAACAGCAGAUCCUGUUGAACGCCAAGGAACUGCACGGAGAUCACCCUUGUGUAAAGUAACCAAAGCUUCCUGAGAAUCUACGAUGGCAUUUGGGUUUUAAAGUACACUUCUCUGGAAACAGCGUUUGUAGUUUCUGUGCAUGGCACAAACCAAUGCUAAACAGUCGCGUCCUAUGCUCACAACCACCCUAUUCCUGCUUACAGGGUUAUUUAGCGAUUUUAUGGCGAUCUUCUCAAUCUAGGCCUAUUUUAAAUAAAAACAAACAAUGAAGAAAGUUCGAAGUUUUGGGUUAACCCCUUUCGAAAAUUUCUGAUUUUUCGGACAUAUAAGAUACAUAUUUUUAUUGUCUAGAACGGCUUCUUUUCUAUCUAGAACAUCCCCAAACAUCAUUUCUAGGCCUAUUUUCAAUAAAAACAAACCAUGAAGAAAGUUCGAUUUUUCGACCAAAAUCAUGGGUUAACCCCUUUUCAAAAUU